UAUGCAUAAAAAAAAUAUUUUCUCUCUCCACAACUCUUUGACUUUCCCAAUCUAAUACACAAAAACCCAAGUUUAAAUAAAGUUAUUUCAUUUCAUUACUCGAUCGCCACCUCCAUUGCAUGCUCUGCCUCAUUCUUUCUCUGCCUCCCUCUGAGAAAAUCGAGUACAAACCGAGUGAAGAAGAAUUCACAGACAAACGAAGGAAUACCAGCUAAAUUUCAUGGCAGUUGAAGCUCGGCAUAUGUGCCUAUCCCCUUCUCAGUUAAUCGCCAAUAGAGAUUUUAUCAAACAUAAUCAAGGAAACGCCAAUAUGUCCGGCGCCCAGAUGUUUUCCAGGGUGCCUUUGGCCGGAACAAUGUCUGAAACGCUCCCACCUUUUUACCAAUCCGUUGAUUGCAGUCUGGCUUCGGUGAAACCGCUCAUGAAUAAGGCUGAUAGCGAGCUCUCCAAUAUCCCUGAUCAGAGCAAGCGUCCUAGAGAUUCGAUGAUCAAUCAGUUUGCAGAUUUCAUAGUCCCUCAAAAGAGAAACAAAAUAUCCGUGUUGCCGUCUUUUCUCUGCCAGGACAUUAUCCUCCAGGCUCAACAGCAACAAUCAGAGAUCGAUCGCUUUCUCAUCCAACAUGCAGAAAAAGUAAGAUUGAAACUGGAGGAGCAAAGAAGAAUUCUAGUGUCGGCAUUCCAGGAAAUCUUCGCAAUGAAAUUGAAAGAAAAAGAUGAAGAGAUCCAGAGAAUGGGAAAGCUGAACUGGGCCCUCCAAGAAAGAGUGAGAAGCCUGUGCGUAGAGAACCAGAUAUGGAGGGAUUUGGCGCAAAACAACGAGGCCACGGUCAAUACUCUACGUAGCAACUUAGAGCAAGUGCUGGCGCACGUUAGCGAGGACAGCGACGCGGAAUCGAGCUGCGGCAGCAAUGAUUUGGGGCGGUGCACGCCGGCGGAGGAGGCGGAUGUGGUUAGUGGUGGUGGUGGUGGUGGUGGGCAGAGGAUGUGUAGGAAUUGUGGGGUCAGGGAGUCAAGGGUGUUGCUGCUGCCAUGCAGGCAUCUAUGCCUCUGUACUGCGUGUGCGUCCGGUCUCCGCGAUUGCCCGGUGUGUCACGCUGUCAUGAAUGCCAGCGUGCAUGUUAAUUUCUCCUAGGGUUAAAAGGAUAAAAAGAUAAGGUGAAAAUACUAAUUUUUCAAUUAGUUUCUGACUUUUUUUUUUUUUUUUUUUUGGGAAAUGUAAGUUUCUGACCUUGGUAGAUACAUAUUUGAUUUUUUUUUU